AGAAGAAGGAAAGAAAGAUCGCAGCGGGAGGAAAGGGAGCGCCGGGAAGCGAUCUGCCCACUCCGGACCGUCGCCGGCGCGCGCAGGCAUGGCGGGCCUCCCCGGCGCGGUUCCGAGGAUGAUGCGGCCGGCUCCGGGGCAGAACUACCCCCGCACCGGCUUCCCCCUGGAAGUGUCCACCCCACUUGGACAAGGCCGGGUCAAUCAGCUUGGUGGGGUCUUCAUCAACGGGCGCCCCCUGCCUAACCACAUCCGCCAUAAGAUAGUGGAGAUGGCCCACCAUGGCAUCCGGCCCUGCGUCAUCUCCCGCCAGCUGCGUGUCUCGCACGGCUGCGUCUCCAAGAUUCUCUGCCGCUACCAGGAGACUGGGUCCAUCAGGCCUGGAGCCAUCGGAGGCAGCAAGCCCAGACAGGUGGCGACUCCGGAUGUGGAGAAAAAGAUCGAGGAGUACAAGAGGGAAAACCCGGGCAUGUUCAGCUGGGAGAUCCGGGACCGGCUGCUGAAGGAUGGCCACUGCGACCGCAGCACGGUGCCCUCAGGUUUAGUGAGUUCGAUUAGCCGAGUGCUCAGAAUCAAGUUCGGGAAGAAAGAGGAGGACGACGAAGUGGACAAGAAGGAGGAGGACGGCGAGAAAAAGGCCAAACAUAGCAUCGAUGGCAUCUUGGGCGACAAAGGGAACCGGCUGGACGAGGGCUCAGAUGUGGAGUCAGAACCCGACCUCCCACUGAAGCGGAAGCAGCGCCGCAGUCGGACCACGUUCACAGCCGAGCAGCUGGAGGAGCUGGAGAAGGCGUUCGAGAGGACCCACUACCCGGACAUCUACACCCGCGAGGAGCUGGCGCAGAGGACCAAGCUGACUGAGGCGCGCGUCCAGGUCUGGUUCAGUAACCGCCGCGCCCGUUGGCGCAAGCAGGCAGGAGCCAACCAGCUGGCAGCGUUCAACCACCUUCUGCCAGGAGGCUUCCCGCCCACUGGCAUGCCCACGCUGCCCCCCUAUCAGCUGCCAGACUCCACCUACCCCACCACCACCAUCUCCCAAGACGGGGGCAGCACCGUGCACCGGCCCCAGCCCCUCCCGCCAUCCACCAUGCAUCAGGGUGGGUUGGCUGCGGCCGCUGCGGCUGCGGACACCAGCUCUGCCUACGGAGCCCGUCACAGCUUCUCCAGCUACUCCGACAGCUUCAUGAAUCCGGGGGCCCCUUCCAACCACAUGAACCCCGUCAGCAACGGCCUGUCUCCUCAGGUUAUGAGCAUCUUGAGCAACCCCAGCGCGGUGGCGCCGCAGCCGCAGGCCGACUUCUCCAUCUCCCCGCUGCACGGAGGCCUGGACUCGGCCUCCUCUCUCUCGGCCAGCUGCCAGCGGGCCGACUCCAUCAAGUCAGGAGACAGCCUGCCCACGUCCCAGUCCUACUGCCCGCCCACCUACAGCACCACUGGCUACAGCGUGGACCCCGUGGCUGGCUACCAGUACGGCCAAUACGGCCAGACUGCUGUUGAUUACCUGGCCAAAAACGUGAGCCUGUCCACACAGCGUCGCAUGAAGCUUGGGGAGCACUCCACCGUGCUGGGACUCCUGCCUGUGGAAACUGGCCAGGCCUACUAGGGUGCCUGGGGCGACUUGCCCCAGCCCAAGCCCCGGCCCAGCCCGUCCUGACCCCUGAGCCUCCCCACCUCAGUCCCCUCAUCCCCUGGGGUCACAGGAGGCCAGGAAAGGUGCCCAUCCCUUCUCAGUGGCAGCCCUCUGGAGAUGUGCAGCCAGCCUGUCACCCACCUGUGGUUAGGGACCCUGCGUGGCCCCCUCAGAGUCUGCCCGCUUCCUCCCCUGGUAGUUCCCAGCCAGCCCACAGUGCUCCCCAAUCAAGCCUGCCAACGGGGAGGGCAGUGCUAUCUCAGGAGGCCGAGGCUCCCCCUGAACAGAGCACCUUACACCCCGAGAAGACAGUGGCUGAGAUGAGGUCCCGGAGCCCUUUGGCCCCAGGUCCUGGGUGUGUGCUGGCCAGAAAAGUAGGUGAAGCUCAGAGUAGCUCUCAGCUGUAUGUGCUGGGAGCCACCUGCAAGGUGAGCCCCUGGCUGAGCCCUAGAACCACAACCUUCUGCUCCACUGGACACUGGGGCUCCAGUAGACAGGAGACCCUGAUCUUCUCAGGCGGUAGGCAGGGUACCAGUCACAGCUCCACCCAGGAGUUUGGAACACAACCUUCCCCCUACAUCCUUACUGGGAAGAGAUUGACCCAUGUGGGGCCCUGGGCUGUGUGGGGGGGGGGGCUGCUGGGCAGGGUGCUGGCGCAGGGUACCAGGACUCAGCUCAGGCCUCUAAACCCAAUUCCAGCCUUGCCCACCACAGGCAGAGACUGGGGAGCCCAGAGACCCCUGUGUUGCCCUCUUAGCUGGGUCAGAUGAGGUGGGAAGGGGCGGUCUUGGGGCUACAGGAGGAAGAGGCACAAGGCGGGCUCAGAGGGGCUUUUGUGUGCUUGUGGGUGGCCAGCCCUUGAGGCCAAGGGUUCACCCCAUGACCUUCCAGUUCUCAGCCCUGGAAUUAAAUUCUGCACAAAGCCUCCAACAGGCGCCAAGCCCCGCGCCCUGGGAAGGGACCACCGUCUCCCCUCCGGUCCGUGGGUGCUGCUGAAGCUCAGAGAGCUUCCUCUGGAGCUCUGGAGGAGGCUUCUUGGACUCCCAGAUAGACUCCUGUAUCUCCUUGGCAUUUUGGUGGGAGCGUGUCCCUGUCCCACCCAGAGUGACAUCUUUCAGGGUCGACUCACUUGGCCAAGAGGCCUCGGUCUCCUUCACGAGCUGGGGGACACAUGGCCGGUUUUCAAGCCACCAUCCCUGGACAGAGGAAAAUGCCAAAGGCUCUAGAGAAGAGGAGAAAGGCACCUUCCCUAACCACCCAGUGGUUUCCUCAAGCACCGCUCUCUUGACAGCUGGGACCUUUCGGGGGCAAUUCGAGCCCUUCAUCCUCCUCCCUUGGAACUCUUCGCCACCUUCGCUUGUUUCUCACGACUGUAUCCAUCUUCACCCUCCCCAUCACAUCAUCUGUGCUUGGAUCACCUUUACAAGUGCUGCUGGGUACGGGAACUUGUAAGGGAGACACAGCCCUGAAUCCACAAACAUUGGGCCCAGUUGCUCGUCUCCAGCUGGGCUUGUAAGGCCUCCUUUGCUCAGUCCAUGCUCCUGGCCCUCAGCCAGCAAGACAUUCCUAGAGGGAAGGGCUCUGCCUUGGGAGCUAAUCUGGAUCCUUCCUCUUGGCAAGAUGCUUAGAACAUCUCCAAGGAUGUCGACUGUGUGACAAAUGUUCACCUGUUUCCAUCUGCAAACCUAGUCACCUCAAGCCAAUCUCAGGCCACGAGCAGGCUGGCUUGUACCUGUUGUUAAGGGAAACCUAUUAAUAACUAGGGACAAAUAGACUGUCUGGUAGCAGCAGGCAGCCAGACAGAUGUGUCCCAUCAAGGGCAGCCAAGGUUUCAACUGGAGUGUCCAGUGCAAGAGACUGUGGUUUCUUCAAGCUCUGGACGGAAGGGGCGAUCAUGUUGUUCCCUUGGAAACUUAGUCCAUGCUUUUGUAGCUAUCACAGCCCAAAAAGCAGUUCUUCCAGAAGACCAACCGCAUCUUCAUCCACAUUCCUUGAAGGGUCACUCUUUCCCCCUGGAGGCCUGGCUCGGGAUAUGCCUGAGUCUCUUUCUACUUUCUGUGACUCAAGAGCAGGAAUCUCAGGCAGGUGACAUCAAAACUGUCUCACCCAUCCAGGAGGUAGCAUUCCAAAACUAGGACCAAUCUCAGUGACCUGAUGCCCACCCCGACCCCCCUGAUGAAAUGGAACGAAGAUCUGCUUGGGAAUAAACCAAAUGAUUCUCACUACAUCUAACACCUCGGAAGCUGUCUCAAGCCACCAUCUUGAUACAAAAUGGGACUUAUUUUCUCUGGGGUCCUUGACCCGAAAACCUUUCCCUUAAAAGCCCUGUAUUCAUGUGUCUAUCCAACUCAAGUCUAUAAAACUCAGCCUUGUGUUAGUAGCUCACAACUUCACCAGAGAGAUGAUGUUAAUUGAACCAGAGGCACAAGGCUUCCAUCUCUUUGGGGUUUGUCAGCAGCAGCCCCCCAUCCCUGUAAAUAGAGUUCAUAGCAACAUAAGAGAUUUCUUCUCCAAUUUAUCCCGAGUAGCUACUGGUCCUACCUAUGGGGGCCCCUCUUCUAAGCUCAUUGUACAUUAGUUGGAAAUGUGGUGAUGUGCUGUUUGUUUAUAGGAAGUUGACUUUUUAUAUAUAAAUAUAUAUACUAAAAAAAAGAAAGAAACCCCCACAGUGUGUGUCGUGCUAGUGCCAGGGACCAUCUGUAGGGAUAUAUCUGCAUAUUGUGUGUUUCAGAUUAUACAUUCCGGGCUCUCCUGGAGUCUUCCAAUUUUUGUUGCUUUGUUCUUUCUUUGGUAUCUCUGUUGCUAUGAAAAAGAAAAAGUGACGUGUAAGAACCAAGCUAUGCUUUUAUACUCUUCUUUUUUACUUGAUUCACCUUUGCUGUUCUUUUGCCAGAGGAACGUUAAAGAGUAGAGGAAACAGAAAUAAGGGAAUAAGAGAGAAGGAGAGAAGAAUGAAAGGUUUUCCCAGAAGGCAAAUGAAAAGGUCUGAUUGCCAACCUGACUAUGGCUGGAGAACAGGACAGAUCCUGACUUGGAGGCCUCCACCAGCAUCUGUUGUUGGCAUGGAUGGAGCUGGUGAGACAUUCUGAGAUUUGGACCCACGACCUUGGUGGGAAACUCCAUGACUGCCAUCUAAAAAAACUACAUCUGGAUACUCUCUCAGGCCUGAUGUUCUCACCCAGUUCCUGAAUAUGUGUUUCCUACAUUUUGGGGGCCCACAGGUCUUCUUCCCUCCCCUCCUACAGAAGAACCAAACCAAGACCAAAUGGAGGUAUUCCAGCCGCCAUCUUGAAAUGCUCCAAGACAUCUGUGUAUUUAAUGCUUCUUCUCUCAGCUCUGACAUGGCCAAUCCAAUCCCAACCCCGACCCAACCUGGGAAAUAUACUCACAUAGUGCUCUAGAUCAUUCCUUCUUCCUAGUAACGACAAUGUCGUUGCUUCUGGGUUUGACUCACAGCCAUUUUCCUCCACGCGGAAGAGAGUGUAUGUGUGUGUGUGUGUGAGGGUGUGAGUGGGGUGUGUGCGUGUGGGCGUGUGUUUAAAUAUAAUCACAUCAUAAUUUAUUCAGCUAUAUGGAGUAGUAGACUAGAAAGAGAAACUGGUAUUUGCUUUAACUACCUGCUGCUUGUAAGCGCUGCCUCUGUAACUCAGGCAUAACUGUUAUACAUUAAAAGAAAUUAAAAGCA